CAAAGCUUAAAGAUAACCCCAAAUGAUUCUUGCAAUAUUAGCCCUUGUAAUAGCCACCUUUCUAUACGGUGGAGCCACCACGGUCCAAGCUGGAUGCAGAGACACUCUGACCAGCCUUUCCCCUUGUCUUUAUUACCUCAACGGUGGCUCAUCGUCACCUUCUUGGAGUUGUUGUCGUCAAUUUUCCACGGUGGUUCAAUCUUCACCGGAAUGUUUGUGCUCAGUGGUUAAUAGCAACGAAAGCUCAUUUUAUGGGUUCAAAUUUAACCGGACUUUGGCUCUCAAUCUCCCUACCGCUUGCAAUGUUCAAACUCCAUCACCUAGCCUGUGUAACACCGGUGGUAACGUACCAACCACGUUGCCGGCGAAUACUCCUGUAGGUUCACCUCGAAGUGCUCCUUCACCGUCAGGUACCACGUCUCCGGCGAAUACACCAUCAGGAUCGAAGAAGUUUCCAUUGAGUAAUGAAAGCUCGUCCAAGAGCAAUGUGAUCAUCUUGUCUUUCGUAUCCAUAGCUCUGGUCCUCGCUAUAAUAUGAAUCUCAGAUCUUCUUUUUAUUUUACUUUUUUUUAACCAAUUUAUGUCUCCAUGUAAUAUUUGUAGUGCUUCCUCAAUGUAUUUGAAAUUCAUAAAAUUCAUA